AUGGCCCUCGAGCUGUGGGGAUGGAAUCUCAACUUCAUACCACCACCCCGGAAGCCAACGGAGGCUGGUGGAGAUCAGGAUCUGCCACCAGUCUUCCCCAUUGACGAGAGUCUGCAUGUUCAGCCCAGCGUGAGCGAGGGAGGCGAGCCACUACUGCCCGAUGGAGCUGAGACGUGCCGACGAGGUCGCGUGAACACUGGUGACUUUGGGGUGCCUUCGUUGGAUACUCGACAGUCCUACUUCUCCACCAGCAUGCCCAAAAGGCCAGAGGUGCCUGCGGCCCCGAACCGGAUCUUGCACAACUACCAUAAACUUCGUAUCGAGAACAUGAUGAAGGAGCUUGCCACACGCUCAGGGAGGCGAAAGCUCGAGAAGGAGGUCGCGUUUCGCAGGCUGCCCGAUCCACACGAAGACCCGAAGAAGCCAGCAUCGCCCAAGCCACAGGGGUGGAACUUCCCACGGCCGUGGUUCAGUCGAGCAACAUCCUAA